AUGGUCUCUACCACACAAUCAAGGUCUUUGAAGGCCAUAGGAGAAGAGAUCUGGAAGAACAAGACAGAAAAGAUAAAUACAGAAUUAUUCACGCUAACGUAUGGCUCUAUAGUGGCGCAAUUGUGCCAAGAUUAUGAACGGGAUUUCAACAAAGUGAAUGAUCAUUUGUACAGCAUGGGAUACAACAUUGGGUGUAGGCUCAUUGAGGAUUUCUUGGCUAGGACGGCGUUACCACGCUGCGAGACCCUAGCAAAGACGAGUGAAGUGCUAAGUAAAUGUGCGUUUAAAAUAUUCUUGAACAUUACGCCCAGUAUAACGAAUUGGUCGCAUAGUAAGGACUCGUUUUCGUUGGUCUUGGACGAGAAUCCAUUGGCCGACUUUGUGGAGUUGCCCAUGGACGCUAUGAAGUCGCUCUGGUACUCCAACAUCUUAUGCGGUGUUUUGAAAGGAUCUCUGGAAAUGGUGCAGUUGGACUGCGACGUUUGGUUCGUCUCCGAUAUCCUCAGAGGCGACUCGCAAACCGAAAUCAAGGUCAAAUUGAAUAAAAUAUUAAAAGAUGAAAUACCAAUCGGCGAAGACUAA